AUUACUUUAUUUAAAUAUUGCAGUUUUAUUCACCCCCUCUUUUAUUCUUUUUCAGGAAUCCCAGUGCUUCCUCAAGUGAUCCGAGUCAGGAUCUGCGAUGGGGAGAGAGAAUGCCACUGGUCCAAGUGACGACACAAGAGUCUCAUCUACACGCGACUCCAUCACAAGCAGACUACGACCUCUUCUACGCCAGCAGGGACGGGGACCUGGAGGAGGUGAAGUGGCUCCUGACAACAACGGGAGUCAACGUCAACUGUAGAGAGGGAUUCAGGAGCCUGUCACCGGUGAUGGCGGCAGCAGACAGGGGACACAGAGACGUGGUGAAGCUCCUGGUGAAGGAAGGAGCUGAUGUGUCACUGGUGGACGAGGACGGUUACAACAUCCUUCACUUCGCCUGUAUUGGAGGAGACGUGGAGACGGUGAAGUUUGUGCUGUCUCUGAACGUGGUGGACAUCAACAGUAGAGGAGGGGGGAGCAGGACACCGGUGAUGAGGGCAGCAUGGAGUGGACGCAGAGACGUGGUGGAGCUCCUGGUGAAGGCAGGGGCUGAUGUGUCACUGGUGGACGUGCUCGGUUACAACACCCUUCACUGGGCCUGUCUGGGAGGAAAUGUGGAGACAGUGGAGUUUGUGCUGUCACUGAACGUGGUGGACAUCGACGCCAGGACCAACUCGGCGGACACAGCGGCCGUCAUGGCGAGAGGCUGGGGACAUCAGCGAGUGGUGCAACUGCUAAGUACUGAAAGUACAUAGGCCGUGGGCUAGGUA